AUGACUAGAUUACUUCGUUAUGGUUCAAGCAUCUGCCCAGUUAAGUCCAUUUCAAAACAAAAACAUCCACAAUCACCUACCCCAACAAGGCCAUUAAAAUGUGCCAACAGUGACCCACUUUCACUGCCCAGAGAAUGUGAACAGCUGUCAGACAUCGUGAAAUAUUGGACAACCCUUGAGACUGAGACUUGCCCGCAAACGAUAAACCACUGGACAGAAGACAGAAGGCAGAGGCCUCCAACGCCUCCCAUCGCUCAUCCGAGUGGGGCGAAACAAAAGACGGUAACCGGCAAACAUGGGGAAUACUUCCGAUCCAUUAUCCCGAUCUCGAUGGGGACUGAAAGUCGGAUCGCCCACACCUGAGGAAUAAAACAAAAGAUCAGCUUGCGAGGCGCUGAUGAACUCGAUUCGAAUGAGACUAUGUUCAGCACAAAAGUGCCUUUCUUGUUGUUUAUAUUUCACAAUA